CCCGGAAAACCGAAAGUGGCCUCCCACUCGGUGGCUCCUACGCGGCUAGAAGGCCCGCGGUGUUCGACGGGACGUCGGCGGAGCGCGACCUCAGGGUUAAGGGGUGGGGCUGACGUCAGGAGCCAAGAUGGCGGCGGUGAUCGGACUCUCCUUGAGGCGCCGGUUUCCGGCGACAACCCUUGGCGGAGCCUUCCUACAGUCCUGUAGAGGGGCCCAGACAGCUGCAGCCACAGCUCCCCGGAUCAAGAAAUUUGCCAUCUAUCGAUGGGACCCAGACAAGGCUGGAGAUAAACCUCAUAUGCAGACUUACGAAAUUGAUCUGAAUAAGUGUGGCCCUAUGGUAUUGGAUGCUUUAAUCAAGAUUAAGAAUGAAAUUGACUCUACCUUGACCUUCCGAAGAUCAUGCAGAGAAGGUGAGACUUUCAUUCCUCAGGAUUUGAGCAACUUCUAUGCACAGUACAAAUCCAUUGAACCUUAUUUGAAGAAGAAGGAUGAAUCCCAGGAAGGCAAGCAGCAGUAUCUGCAGUCCAUAGAAGAUCGUGAGAAACUGGAUGGGCUCUACGAGUGCAUUCUCUGUGCCUGCUGUAGCACCAGCUGCCCCAGCUACUGGUGGAACGGAGACAAAUAUCUGGGGCCUGCGGUUCUUAUGCAGGCCUACCGCUGGAUGAUUGACUCCAGAGACGACUUCACAGAGGAGCGCCUGGCCAAGCUGCAGGACCCCUUCUCUCUGUACCGCUGCCACACCAUCAUGAACUGCACAGGGACCUGUCCCAAGGGUCUGAAUCCAGGGAAAGCUAUUGCUGAGAUCAAGAAAAUGAUGGUAACCUAUAAGGAAAAGAAAGCCGCAGCUUAACUGUUCUAUGCUAAACAUGACUUGGACCCAGCUCAGAGCUGAACUUAAUUUAUAUCUAACUUGAGUUCUUUUAAAGGUCUUGAUUUUCCUUGAAUACAGCAUGUAUAAUAAAAAUUUUAAGAAAUAAAUGUUAUUCUACUUUAUUAA